GGCAGUGGCGCAAUAACCGGGGUGGAUGACGACAACAUGCCUACAUGAACAACAUCGGGACCCGUUAGUUGUAAACUGAGAAGAUAUUUUCAACGCAAUGGAUUCAAAUCAAAUCUGCGAUCAUUUGAAAUUUUAAACAAGGUGAAAAGUGAUUACAGGUACUGAUUGAAUUAUUUUUAACUGAUUAUUAAUAAUAUUGCAGUGUAGCACCGCUGACACUCGUAGUCCGCAUGCCAAAGUAAUAAUAACUAAUUAACUAAUACAGGUAUUAUUAUAGGCUAUAAACUGUCACAAUAUUACUUCAUUAGUCUAUGGUCUAUAUAUAAAUACUGUAUUAAUACUCGUUAAGGCUGGAACUAGUGCACGACCGACGGUACGCACUGAUUAUUGGUUGUCAACGAGCGUUUAAUGCUUAGCCGACGGCACAUAAUAAAAUAAUAUUAUAAAUUAUCAUAAUAAUAUAAAUAUGCGUACGCGCGUACGAUCGGUCGCUCUGCUCAGCGUCAUUAAUAGUCAAACUAUACGCCAGUAUUUACCUAUAUGGCCUGUUGGUUGACCGACGGACGAGCCUGACCGUCGGUCUUCGUCAGCGCGACAUUCGCGAUAAAAAGCGAAGUGGCUGACAUCUGGUGGUGGUGGUAUGAAACGUAACGGGGCCGACAUGAAAACUAAAUUAUUGAUGAACAUAUAAAAUACAAAAUAUUGAGAAUUGAUUUACCUGAUUUAUCAUAAUUUAUUAACCACACGUUGUGUUUUAAUUUUAAUUACACUUUCGCAUUUGGUAGCUGCCAACUCAUAAUCAUGGGUCAUGCUUAUUGUGCCACAACACCAAAAACUCGUAAUAAACAUAAAUAUUGUCGUGUUCCACAAUGUAAAACAAUAUUUUCUAUGUAAACAUAUGCAAAAUAAUUAUUUGAUUAUCAUUCAACAGUCAAUACAAAAAGGAUGUGACUUUCCACACUUUUCCUAAAAAUGUUAUCCUAAAAAAGGAAUGGGAGCAUGGUUUAAAAAUGAAUAUUACUAAUUCUCCCUCAAAUAAUAUUAAUGUGUACAGCAAACAUUUUAUUAAAUACGAUUUUUUAUAAUUUACAAGUUAUUAUUAUAAUUUAUAAAUAAUGCUCAAAUUAUAUAGAAUACCUACCAACUGUUAAAUUAAUAUAUUAGGGUAAACAAUUUAGGUACUUUAAUAUGGUUGUAAUGCAAUGGAUGUGAUUAUAAUAAUUCCAUAAACUUUAUAGAAAUAUAGAAAGAGAGGUUUUCCACUGAUAUCACUAGUUUUAACCCUUUGGGGCACACUUUGUUUUUGAAAAUUUUUUUUCUAAGAAAAUAUUAAAAGUUAGCACUCAUAUAACAUAUAAAAAAAAAAACAAAUUCAAGUGGUUUCACUAUCAUACUAAAAUACCUAAAAAAUAAAGGGUUUAGACAUAUAGCAACGAUUCUUAAUAUAUUGUUAUAAUUUUCCACACAUCUAAAUUCAGCAAUGUGGUUACAUUUCAUUAUUUGCAUACCUUCAAUCAAUGGUCGCUUAAAGUUACUAAAGUUACUAAUAAAACUUAAAAUGUCAAUUAACACUCAAUAAUCGGAGUAAACAUUUUUUAUUCUAUUUGAUUAGGUAUGUAUUAUGAAAUCGAAUAAAAUAAAUUCAAUUAUUCAUAAAAAACAAAUUAAAUUAAUAAUUAGCAUUGUGAAAUUAAUUAUAUUCAGUUAUCAGCAUAUUAAAAAAAAUUAAUUUCGGAUGGUGUUUGGUGAGGUGGAAGGGGUAAGGUUUAAUUAAAUUUAUGAGUAAAUCUUUAAAUUGUUUAAUUUUCAUUUAAAGACAACGCAUAUUUUAAUGCAAUUUAAACCCAUAUUAAUUAUGUAUUUAAAUAUACUUUACUAAUAAGUACAUGGUGGGUCGUUUGAAGCAUCGGAAUGUUUUUUGGUAAUAAUUUAGAAGAAAAAAAUUAUUAAUUUUGAAAAAUUUUUCGUUUAUUUUAGACAUGGAAAUUUGUUUUGGAAACUUUUUAAAAAUAAUAUCACGUAAAUUUCUCCUUCAGAACGAAUGGUGUAAUGUGCUUAUUUUUUGGUAUUUCAUCAUUUUUCGAAGUGUUUCCUGCUGAAAAACGGCCAUUUCCAUUUUGUCAUAUAUUAUCUUUCAACGCUUCGAGGAUCCAUGGCUUCUCAACAUAAAAUCCAGACUUCAAAUAGCCCAACAGGAAAAAGUCUGGAGGCGUUAAGACGGGUGAUUACGGAGGCUAGUCGAAAUCACCAUUUUUUGAAAUUCAGCGUCCGAGGAACAAAAGACGCAACAGAGUGAUUGUGGCUGUAUGAGCUGUGGCGCUGGCUUGUUAAAAACCAACAGUUGUUCAUGUCGUUAUCAGUCAGAAAUAGAAUCAAAAUAUCCGUUAUCAUGGCCCAAUAACGCUCUCCAUUGAUGGAUAAGGCUGCUCCAGCAUCUCCUUCAAAAAUAACGAUCCAAUGAUUGUUUUAGCAAAAAUUCCGGCCCAUAAAGUCACGCGUUGAUUGUUCAUGGAUUAAUUAAGGAUUUUCAUUGACGUAGAAGCAACACUUUUGUGUUUUUAUAGCCCCAUUCAACCUUAAACACUUCGAAAAGUGAUGGGAAAUUCCAAAAAAACGAGAAAUGCCAUUUGCUCUAAAGGCAAUUAUUUAGGCAAUAUUAUUUUUAAAAAGUAAUCAGAACCAAUUUCCAAAAUAAACGAAAAAUUAUCCAAAAUUAAUAAUUUGUGUUUUUUUUUUUUAUAAAAUUAUUACCAAAAAACAUCCCAAAGGUUUAAAUGAGCCAGCCUGUAAAAUAAUAAUUUAAAGUCUAAGAUUAAUUCUUCGAAUAGAGUGCCUGAACAUUAAGCACUGAAUCUGGUUUAACUUCAAUACACUGUUUGAAUUGUGGAGGGACGCAAGGGACGGAGUACCUUAACUAUUUUUUUAGAAAUGUAAGCGUACUAAAAUCAAAAGUGGAAUAUCUCGUCAACGGCAUGACAGAAAUAAAAAAAUUUAACACUCAAAUUUGUUUAAGCUAAUACUCCGUCUAUUUAUGGAAUUUUUAAUAUUGGUUGCCAUUUGAAAAUCAUAAGUAGGUAGUGGUUAUACCCCCCAAAAAUAAGAUUUACAAAAAAUAACAAAAAUAUAAAAUUUUAGAGUUAGUUAAAAAAUAAAUUCCGAAAAAAAAAAUACUCUCCGAGAUAAUGAGUGUACUCACAAAAUGAUUCACCCGGUGUAUAUUUAAAGUGGCCUUUCUGCUGUUUUGUAGUGUUUCUUAAAUACGUUUUUAGCCUCCUAAAUGUAGAAAAUGAUCUUCAUCAUCAUAGUUGUUAUCACUUUUUCAUAAACGAUGUUAAAACAUUGUGUUUUAAAUCGGUAUGAAAAUCAUACAACUACGUACUACGUAAAAUUCGUAAAAAACUUACAGACAUAUUUCGGGGAGGGGAUCACAACUCUUCUUCCCCAUAGUUGCGCCACUGGUUCCACAUAAUGUUUUACUCAUACGAUUUUCGUCAAAAGUUGAUAUUAAAAUUCCUUUAUAGAAAAAACCACUACAUAAAACUCAUGAUUCUAAGCGUAGGAAGGGAGCUACUGGUUUUACAAUGUUUUUUAUUUCUUUUUCUUCUUCUUUUAGACUGUAGACACGUAUUUCACUAGAAAUUUGUUCCGAUGUAUAAGUGUAGCACUUUCUGUGAAAGACAAUUUUAUCUAUUUGGUAAAUACUUAGGUCAUUUUUUGAUUUUCGAAACGGUAUUUGAAAUUAAAAUGAUUAUCCGGGGGAAAAUAUGAUUUGUUCAUGAUUUCGUUAUUUUAAAUAAGUAUCUACCACGUUUUCUAACACAAAUAUGGCUUCAAUUGAAAAACGACAAGAGAUCAUAUUUUUGCUGAAUUUUUUUUAAUAAGCGUUUUGUAAUCAAAUUUAAGCGAAAGUUGCAAAAAAAAUUGUGGCACUUCAAAUUGUAUAUUACCGAACUGGGCUUGGAAUCGUUUUUCAUCAGCAAUGGUUUAUCGUUUAUUACUGAUAUAAAUUAAAUAACGUUACGUAUCCUACCUUACCAACUUCCCACCUACAACAGUGACUGCACCCGUCCCCAGUAUCAGCUCUUUUUUAUUUUACUAUAAAGUAUAACAUUUAAAGAAUCUCCUGUUAAAUUUUCAAUAAUUUCUGUUUAGUCUAACAAUUUUGUCUACAGAGUACCUACCAAAUAAAAAUCUCACAAAUAUAAUAAAAUACUUUUAAAUAGAUCAAAAUACAGAAUAAAAAUUAUGUAAAGAACUCGUAAAAUUAAAUUGUUUAUGAAUAGCUCAAAAAUAGAUUAAAUGUUUUGAAAAAUUGACUACGUCUUCAAGAGAAAAUAUAAGUUUUCAGUCAAAAUGUCAAGUCUUUAUAAAAAUAUUAAACUAAAUUACAUUAAAAAAAUAAAAUUGAAUGUAAUAAUACAGUAUUAUUAUGUUCAUAAAUGUUUCCAUAUUUUCUGUAUUUUUUUUUUUUUAGAUUUUUCUCAAUUAUUAAAAAAACAUAUAAAGAAAAUCAAAAAACGAUUUUCUUUAAUUUAUUUAUGCACCAAUAUUAUAAGAUUCAAAAUUCAAUAAAAAAAAAAAAGGGUUCUUUAAUGAAAUUUUUUGAUUGGAGCAAGUUUUUUUGGUAGAAAGUUGAUCCCAGACUAACAAAAAUAAAAGUAAAAACACAUUAUGUGAAAUAACGAAUCCAUUUCUCAUUUAGAGUCAUUUUAUUUAAAUAAAAUAUCAAAAAAAUCAAUAAAAAAAAAAAAAUCACACAUGUAUAAUCACAGUGACACUAAUACAUUCUUCGCUCCGUUGAGAAUCUAAAACUUAAACGUUUAUUGAACAGAAAAAUAGUAAUUGUAUAAGUCAGAUUUCCUUGGGAAAUCCAAUAUUUGAAUUGGGUAAAAAAAAAAAAACUCUACAUUACACUAAAUUGUUUUAUUCCUGACCACGAAGUACGACUUAUAAUGAACUUCCUGUUACUAUUUCAAGCAUUUAUAUUUGGUUUAACAAUUUUAUUUACAGAUAGUAUCUAUUAAAUAAAAAUUACGUAAAAAACUCGGAAAAAAUAAAUAUUUAUAAAUAGCCCUAAAGUGGCUGAAAUGUUUUGAAAAUUGUAUCACGUCUGGAAAAGGCAAAUAUAAUAUUAUAAUAUAUGCAAUUACAGGUAUAUAAUUUAUUUGUAUUCAAUAUAAUAUUGAAAUAGACGUUUCACGUUAGUAAUAAUAUCAAUGCAUUACAUCAAAUCUAUUUAUAUAAUUGUAGAAAUUGUAUACAUUUUAGUUCCUCCGUAGCCGAUAAACCUCCCAAAAAUGCCAAGUGGUUGUGUCGCAUGUGAUCUUGGAUCUGUCAGCAGUUGGCAAUAAUAUCAUUUCACACAUGAUAAUGCAUUGUAGGUUUUUAUUAUAUUUAUUUGUGAUUAUUAUUAUUAUUAUUAUUAUACAGCCUGUGUCAACAAAUCAAGUCAAUGUUUACUCUGCGUUUGUCAUCGAGUAGCGGUCGUUGUGUAAUAUUUAUAAUAUAUAUAAUAUAAGCGCGUAUUCCGUACGGGUGCAAUUAUUUACAGAAACCACACACGCGCAUUAAUAUAAUAUAUACCUACCUACCCGUUUCCUGUAAGGCUGUAACAAAAAUCGGAUGAUCUUGGAUACGUACGUUUUCACCUAAAGUCGUUUAAAAACUAGCAAACACGCAGCCACAUGAACAUAAUAAAUAUUAUAAUAUAUUAAGACGUACACAUAUUAUUAUAAUGCUCAACAUAUUUUGAAAUUCAAUACCUAUAUUAUAUUGCGUAAUGAUAGGAGUGACCAUAGCGUUCUGAAUUGUUCGGGUUUUAACAUUGAUGUAGGUAGGACUGUAAGAGAAGCUCACGGUUGUGGGAUUCUAAUUUACAAAUGUUAGAUCAUUACAGUUUCCCAUUGAUCAUAUGUUUUAUAACAUAUAGAUACAAUUAUUCAAAAUGUAAAUUCUGAAUUUUCAUUAAAAUACUUUUAACUAUAGGUAAACAAAGUAGUACCAAUUUAAGUUGAUACAUUUGUAUUAGGUUAUUAUUUAUUAUUUUAUAACAUAUCGUGGUAAUAAUAAAUUAUUUAAACAACACCUUUUUAUUAUUUGCACGUUUCCAUUUUUUUUUUAAUUAUUUGACUUUAUUAAUCCAACCAUCAUGAAAAAAAAUGUAUCUACAUACUAUACCUAUCUAUAUAUUUGGUAUGUGAUAUUUUUAUUGUUUUUUUUUUGAAGUACCCUAUAGGUAAAUGGAAUUAAGUUUUUUUUUAAAUUUUUGAACGUAUACCACGUAUAAUGGUUAGACGAACUAUUUUUAAUAGUGCCAAUUGAUAUUUAUUUUUUUAUUACGUUUAUUCGGUUUCUUGAGUUUUUGACAGGGCAUUAGACCGCAACGUUAGAAUAAUAAUCCCUUUGCCUGCCAUAUGAUUUGAAUAACCUUUUGAAAAUGAAAAAUUUAGCUUUUUUCUUGAUAAACACAAAGUAUUUUUUUUGUUUUUGUCCUAUUUUUUUAUUUACUUAGUACUUUCAAUAAAGAAUCGAUAAAAAAAAAAUUCAACAUUUAAUAAUAUUUCAAAAACUAACAAAACUCCUUUGCUCUGCUUAGAAAUUAGAACAAAUUAAUGUUUCGUGUACUCGUAUAAUAUAUAAUCUGAAGAUAUUACUUAUAAUUCUUGUGAAUUCAUUUAUUUUAAUAUCGCUGGUUAUUUGUUUACUAUAACUUAUUAUAAUAUACUGCAUAGAUUUGCAUAGAAAUUAUACUGUUAUUAGUUUGUUUAUACAAUUAAUAGUAUUUUAAAUUCAUAAUCUUGUUUAUUAAACGAUUUAAUGACCAAUGAAUUCAAAAUAAAAUGGACCAUGGGCCAUAUGGAAUUAUUUAAAACCGUAUUCUAAGAAAACAUAAAACUACAAUUUUCUCUGUUCUAUGAAAAUCAUUGUGUGGGUUACUUUAUAUUCAAAAUGUAGCGAAUUACCGAUUUCAUUGUUUUUAAUUUUCACAAAUUGUGUUUUCUAUGAGAAAUAUUACUUUAAUCAAAAAAUACCGUUUUGUUUCAUUUUGGAUCUAGUUGAUCACGAAGUAAUUAGCUUUUCCAUGUUCCAAUUAGUUAGCUACUUGGAAUAUAUAAUAAUUGAGUAAAACCGGAAAAAUGAAAAGGAACAAAUUUACUUUGUAUGAUUUCAUUAUUUAAAAUUUUAAAAUUGUAUUUCUUCUAUCAGAAAUAAUGUUUUAAUGUUUUAAUUUUUGCAACUUAUGUUUCCUACUAGAAAUAUAACGCCAAUUGAAAAAUUACAAGAAAUUGAUUUUAUUCCUUUUAUUAUACAGCCACCGAAAAAGAAAGUCGUUUUUAUUUACAUUCAAAGUAUUUUCAUAAUAAUUGUGAAAAACCAAAAAAGAUGAUUUUUUAAAAUAACAGCACAACGAUUACAUUAUUUAAAAUUUUCACAGUUCAUGUUUUUUUAAAAUAAAUAUUGCUCCAAUAGAAAAACAAGUGACUUUUUAGUUGCAUUUUUAAUCUCGUUUGUGAGUAAAGAAAUCGUUUUUUUUUUUUUAUUUUCUUAGUGUAGUUUUUCAUUUCAUAGUACCUAGAUAAAAACCGAAAAAAACAUAGAAAGAACGGAACAAUUUACAAAAAUAAUACUUUUACUAUUUUAAAUUUUGUUUUUUGUUAUAAUUCAAUUAGAACUAUUCGUGGACAAUUUUUGACAGAAUUUAAGUAUGAAAAUCGUAAAUAUUAUGGUCUUUAAAUACAUGUAUAACCGAACUUUGCUCCGAAUCGUUAUUCGUUAGCAAUGAUUUAUUUUUAUGUAUAGAUAUAAAUUAAAUAACUUUAUGUAUCCUAUAUUCCCAACUUUCUACCUACAACAGUGGCUGUAUCCGUCCCCAGUAUGAGCACUUUUUUUAUUCAAUUAUUCAAUUCAUUGUUAUAACGUUUGUAGAGAUUUGAAAUGUUGACAGAAAACUUGUAUUUGUGAGCAAUGAUAAACUUUACUAUUCUGAAAAAAUUUCGAUUAUGCAUGAUUUAAAGGUAAUAUUGAUCAUAUUUUUGAAUUUUUCAUCAAAAUUUGAUUUUUAAACUUUAUAAAAAAAAUUACUGCAUUUUACUUUUUUUUUUUUCUACUAAGUACAAUCUAUAAUGAAUCUUCUACUAUUUCAAAUAUUUCUGUUGUGUCAUGCAAUUAUAUGCUACUAAAUAAAUAAAAACUACGUAAAAAAUUCGCUGGUAUAAAAUGCCUUUAAAUAGAUCAAAAUUGCUAAAAUAUUUUUAACAUUUCACUAUAUCUCGAACUGGCAAAUAUUUGUUUUAAAUUUAAAGAUUUCAAUAUUUUUAACUGAAUUACAACAAAUAACAACAUCACAGAAACUCUCUCAUUGAUAAAUACUGGCUACUCCACUGUCAAUGAUUUUUUAUUGCAUAUAUAUAAAUUAAAUAACUGUGCAUAAUGUAUAUGCAUCCUACCUUCAUAACUACCAAAACAGUGAUUACAUUUUUAAUAAUAUUAUAUUAAGAUACGUUUAUUAAAAUAAUAUACAUAUAUAUUUCGUUUUGAAUAAUUCAAAAUAAUCUUAGUAAUUACCUAUAAUGGAAAUACAACAAUUUUAUCAAUAAGUAGAUUAAAGUUAUACUUUAAAAGAACCGCUAUAUACAAACACUUGAACACUCUUUCAGUAUCACUUUUAGAAAUGACGAUAUGGUAUUCAUUCCUGCUAUUAUAAUAUUAUAUACGCACUUAUAUAAAAAUCGUAUACGAAGAACUUACUAUACUCCGCUCGCUGCCUAUUGCACACUUCGAGUUAUUAAUUCUUACAUCACAUAUAUGUAUACACCACGACGGCGAGGUGAUGACAACUUACAUUGGCCCUAUUUCCUGUACGGAUAGUAAAAAUGUAAAGAUAGAAAGAGAGGACGUGGAACCGAGAGGGAAAUAUGUGAAGUUUAUAAUAUACAAGUACGCCUGUUCGAUGUGGAAGCCAUCGUAGAUAUUUCAACAGUGUAAUAAAAAUUAGGUGCAUAAAAUAAAUAUUAAAAAAAACUUCGUGGUCAUACACACACAACCCAACUGCAGACACCGGGGUAAUUUUUAUUAUUUCGGUUAUUUUAAAAUAGAAUAUUAUUCGGACGUAAAAACGGUAUAUAUUUUAGGAGACAAUAUAAGAUAUAGUGUGUGAUUACUUAUAGCCUAUAUAGGAUUCGGAUGUUUACGCUAUCCUAUAUUGCAGUGCUUAUAGAAGCAUUACAAAUGGUUGAACAUGUAUGUAUUUUAUGAUGUUAAAAUAGCAAAAUAUGAAUUCAAAAUAUUGAAAUGUGUACUUUCGUCUAAUAAAAUGACGAAAUAAUCGAUAAAACAUAGAAAAUAUACAAUAUAUAUAUAUUUCAUAUAAUAGUCACAAUGUUUUUGCAAUUUGUGUAAUCAAAAUGACAGCAAAUAUUUUCAGUUGCUAAGUCAAGAAAAAUAUUAACUUCAUAAUACUCUAAAUACGCUAAAAUUAGUAGUUCACACACGAUUUUUUUUUGUGAGGGGGGGGGGGUUAUGCUAAUAAUAAUUUCCCAGAGAGAUGAUCGCACACAUUAUCAGUACAGUUCUGUCACUAUUAUUAUUUAAUAAAUACUUUUUGAUAAAUGAAAUUUUAUUUUAUUCUAUAAUAUAAGAUAUUAUGCUGUUGAGCGUAAAACUUGAUUUAAAAAAGAUAGUGAAGGAAGAGAUUUUGUAGGAGAGUUGACCCUCCUCUCUGUGCGUCACUGGCUAAAAUAAUAACGUAUUUGUUACCAAUAAUUUGUAUAAUAUGCUUUUUAUGUGGAACUGGAAUACAAAACAAAAUUCAGUUUUCAGUAAUAAUAUUUUAGUUAAAAAAGUAGAGUAAAAUGUUUUAAAAGAAAAAAUAGUAGGUAUUAUUAUCAAGAUGUAAUGUUUAAAAUAAUUUACUUUAAAAACCAUUCUAACUCUAAUAAGGAUUAUACUCGUAAAUAAUAUGAUAACAAAAUUAAUAUAGGUAUUAUUGUAUUUAUCAUAAAUAAGCAGAAUUUUUAAUAAUUGCUAUAUAUAUACAAUAUAUAUACACCUAGUUAUAUAUAUAUAUAUAUAUAUAUAUAUAAUGCUAUAAGCACCAAAUGGGAAGCAGUUACCAAUUAUCAUUAUAAUCUAUUAUAAUUUCUGGAUAUAGUUUUUAAAUACAAAUAUAUUGUACUAUAAAUUAAACGCUAUAUAAAUUAUAAAUUAAUGAAGCUUACCUAACUCGUUUAAAUGUUUGAUUCAUAUACUUAGUUGUUCAAUUUCAUUUAUGUAUAAUAUGCAAGCAUACAGUGGCGUGGGGAAUUUUCAAUGUGAAGGUACGUGUUAAAUAAUAUUUACGACUUCUGAAUACAUGGUAAAAAUUUCUUCCGUUUUACCUAGCUCGACAAUAAAGUUUAAAAAUCGGGUCCAAAAUAGUCAAUAUGAGUUCAAUAAAUCAAGCUCUUUUUUCUUGUAAAUUGUCUUAAACAUAUAAUUUAAAUUUAAAAUUAAAAAAAAUUUAUAAAUUAAAUUAAUGAAUGAAUACUCGAUCAUAGUUUUGUUUUUUUAAGCUGCCCUUGUGUGCACUUCUCUAUGUAUGCCACUGUGUACCUAUAGGAAUUUUUUAAGUUUUAAAAUAUUUUGGUAAUUUAUUUAAAUGUUACACAAUUUUUUUAUAUCUAUGAAUAUAAUUUCAAAACUGUGCCAAAUGUUACCAAAUAUGUGGGUGGCUUCUUGAAAUUUGUUAGUAAUAGUUAUUAAUAUAAUAUAUAAUUAUAUACGUGCAUUUUCUACAUAUUAUUAUAAACACAAUGCAUACAUAAAAACGAUCGAAAUAACUUGAAUAUAGGUUAAAAUAUUAAAUUAAAAAAAUAUAAUUUUAUCAAAAGAAUACAAAUAUUGGGGUUAGUUGAUAUUUACUAUUUGCAUGUACUUAUGUCCUAAACUCCUAAAUAUAUAUUACCAACCUAUUUUUAAUAUUAUUAAAUUACUAAGUAUACUUAUAAAAUACUAAUAAUAUAGGUACAUAAUAUUAUAGGAUAAAUAUUAUUAUAACUUGGGUUUCAGGGACGGAAGAAAUCAAUCAAUUUUUGGAAUUUUUAUUUAAUUCCUGUCAUAUAAUUAUCAUAUAAGUACAAAUAUUUUAUAUUUUUAAUUCGGUUAAUAUUUAGCUACCUAUAUUACUAUAGUUACUAUAGGUAACUUAGUUAUAAUGACAACGUAUACAUAUAUAGUAUUUAUCGUACUUGUAAGUGAAUAAAAUUACGGGGAUAUAACUAUAAUGCGAUAUUAAAGGUAUAAUAAUAAUUAAUAUUAUACAGUUAGGAAGGUGUGUACUAAAGGGGGGGCGAUUAUGAUGGGUUGGGUCGAGGAGAUAGUAGGGGAAUUGUGCAGCGCACGCCCAGAUUACACGACCAAUCCGGAACGACGGCCAAUCCCUUCGCCGGUGGGCCGCAGCAUUGAGACGUGCGGGGAGAACAAAAAAGAGCGCUACGCGACGUUGUUAAAAAUAAAACGUUUUAAGCGACGGGAGAAAACGGGAUGACAGAGAAAUAGACCAGUAUUGGUGAAAGGUCCGCGGGUUUCGGUGUUGUUUUUUCGCCACCUUUUAAAACCCGUCUCGGUGUUAAAACCUCUCGCCCGCCUGCGCGUGUUGACAGUGUUAAUAUUCGUUUGUUUCGCCUUUGAGUCAUAAUAUAUCUAUUUAAAAUUUUUUUUUCCCCGGUAUACCUAAUAAAAAAAUCAUCGUCCGCGUUUCACAAUAUUAUAAUAUCGUCGUGUGCGUAAAUCAGUCGCGAACACGUCUUAAUAAAUAAUAUACCGCACACUCCAUCGUUAUAUCGUAGAUACAUAAUAUUAUUAUAUUUUACGUAUGCAUAAUAUUCUUGUAUUUACACGUGUAUGAACAAUAAUGGAUAUCACUUUUUGAAAAACAUUCGUCUUUCGGCUUUAGUAAAUAUAUCAAGAAACUGACCUUAAAAAAAAAAAAUUAAAAAAAACUCGUGUCGACAAAAUAAGUGACCGAGCGUGGUCAUCGUGGUAGCAUGCAUCCGUUUUAUAAUGCUUAUGGAACCAGCGGCGGGAACGUCGAACACCUGUACGACGACAAUUGGGUAGCGCCACAGUCCAACACGCCGAUGAAGGAUAUUGAAGGUAGACGCUAAAAUUAUUCGUUUUUCUUCCGUGCUAAAUAUCUUCUUAACGUCUAUUAUAUGUAACAAAUAAGUACAUUAUGUAUUGAUUUCCGAUCUUGAAUAGGUUCUUACUGUAUUAUAUCGAAUUAUCAAGGCUAUUAUGUAUUCAUAUUAACGCAAUAAUCUGUACAAUCUUAAACAAACACAAUUUUAAAAAUACACAGAAAUAAAAUAUACGAAAUUUUAUAUAUAGCUUAGAUAUAAUCAUACUUAUUACCUAUAACUAUUAUUAAGGACAAACAAUAGAUUUAUACGUUUAAUUUUUUUUUUUUAAUUUACAAUUUCAUGAAAUCUUACAUAAUAAUAAUAUAUAAUAUAUAUUGUGUUAUACACUAUAGUAUAAGCACUAUAUAUUGAAUCAAUAUAAUUUACAUUAUAAAUACGCAUAAAAAAAAGUCGAAAUGUAUAAAUUGAUUAAAAAUCAAAUUAAAUAUAUAUAUAUAUACUUUUUUUUAAACAGUGAAAUAAAGUAUUGUACUUAGUAAUAGUAUAUAGGUAAAUGACCUUCAUUAAUAUGAAGGUAUAUUAAUAUUAUAUUAUACAUGAUUUUGAAUCUUAUGAAGAAAACAAAUUAGUUAUUUGUUUUAGGUACACAUAUAUUUAUACUUAUAUGUUUUUAAAAGUUUGAAUUCAAAUUUAAUAUGACAUUAAAUUCAAGCAUUUCAUUGAUACUUUUGGUAUAGAAGUAACAAAAUAUUAUACACUUAAUAGAAUAAAAUGAUUAUGGGAGUAUUGUCGUACGAUAGUACUUUUAUAACUUUUAAAAUACCUAAUGUUUUAUUCGAGUCUAUAGAAAUGUUCAUUAUCAUUAAUUAUUGAUUAUUUCCUAUAUUAAAAUCUUAUUGUUUCUGGUUUUCAGCAUUUAUUAUUUAUAUAGAUAAAAUGCAAUUUUUGUUUUUUAUUUAACCACUGCUAAAAUAAAAAUAUUUUAAUAUUAUGCAAUAAAAUUACGGAGAUCAUUUUUAUAGUAAACUUUUGAAUAACUGAUAACCUAAUUAUGAUAAUUAAAGGGAUUUAAAAAAAAUAUAAAAUAUAAUUAUGUAUUUAAUAACUUGAAAUCUAAAAUCAAUUAUAGACAAUACAUUUUUAGAUGAAUGGGAUGAUCUGAUUUUUUUCACGCACACACUAUCCUAAAAGAUGUAGAAUUUUACUCGGGGAGGGGGGUCUAUAUUUGAAAUGUUUUGAAAUUUUUAAAAUUCAUCACUCGGGUUCUUUUCUUGAAAAACAGUUUUUUGCUUAGUAAAAAUGCUUCUUCACUGACAGCUUAGAAUAACAUUUUGGUUGCAAUGAUUUAUCAAUACUUAUGUUAAAUAAGUUAAAUUACCCUGUAUCCUAAACUUUUCAAACUUUUCACCUAUUUCAGUGGCCUGCUUAUGGUGCGAAAUACGUCUGGUCUUUUACAUUGUAAUAUAUAGUUUGACUAAUAUGUUUUAUAAUUGGUUUUGUUUUCAUUAUCGCACCACAUAAAUAUUGUAUCCUUAUAUUAUAUAAGUUAUGUAUUGAUGCAUUUAAAAUAUAUGCGAUUGGGAAUUAAACAUAUUUACAUGUUUAAUACUUCGCAAUGAACGGUGAGCGAUUUUGAAAUACAUUUUUUUUCUUUUUGUUCUGAUUUUUAAGUGUAGCAACUUUUCUAAAAAGAAAUCGGACUGGUGAGGUACUCUAAAGAGGUCAUUUUUCGAUUUUUCCAAGAUUUUUAUCAAUUAAUGGAAAAAAACGUGAAAAUUACGAAAUUUAGGUAUUAUAGUUGACAAAUAUUUCGGAAUUUUUUUUCCUGUGUUCCACUUUUCUACUACCUUUAUCGCUCCAAUUUAAAAUAAAAGCACUUUUUCCGGAAGAAAAUCUGACGAGGAAGUUACUUUAAGGAGGUUAUUUUUCGAAAAGUUUUCCCAGCAAAUGUGAAAAACCGGGAGAAAACGGGAAAAUCAGUAUAUUAAACAAAUAUCAUUAAACAAAAUACAUAAUAACUAUUUAAUUAUUUUACCACAAUAUGAUAUAUAUAUUGUUGACAAAGCAUCACUAUUAACUGACCUCCGCUCAAAAUUGUUUUUUCGUUAGUAAUUUUUGACCCUUGCUUUUAGGUAUACAUUAAAAUUACCUAUAAUAGUAGCUGCACCUGUCUCCAUUAUCCUAGGACAGUUUUUUCAUAUUUUUUCCCUGACAAUGUUUUAUUUUACUAUGAUGUAUAUUUUUUUUCUAUCGGUAAACAACUUUUCGACCAGAGAUCGAACAAUUACCAGAGCCACUUUUUGUUGCAUUUUAUAUCUAAUUGGUAAAUAAAUAAGUAGUUUUUUUUAUUUUCCGUGUAGUUUCCAUGAUAUUUGAACAAAACCGAGAAAAAACGUAGAAAGAACGGACAAUUUUACGGAAUUAUUUUCAAUUUUGUUGUUUUCGUUGUAAUUCAGUUAAAAAGUAUUUAUAGAGGCUUGAAAUUUGGACAAAAAACUUAAAUUGUUCUUUCCUAAAUGUAGUAUUAUAAAUAUUUUAGUGUAUUUAUCAGUAUUUUAAAUUUUCUAGUUUCAGUACGUAGUUUUUCUUUGGUAGGUACUAUGUUGAUAAAAUUAUUUCACCAAACAGAAAUGUUUGGAAAUUUAAUAUAAGGCUCAUUAUGCAAGGCUGUAAUUAAUUGUGAAAAAAGUUAUGCGUAAUGUAGUAGAAUUUUUUUUUUUUAUAAUGGUUGUCGAAUAGUAAUAAAAAUCGCAUAUGUUAUAAUAUUUUAAAACGUGUAUAACCAAACUUCGCUCUGAAUCGUUUUUCGUUUGCAAUGGUUUAUCGUUGUUAACAGAUAUUGCUUUACAGAUAUAAAUUAUACAACUUUAUGUAUCUUACAUUCCCAACUGAUUACUUCCCACAUUCAAUAGUGAUGCACCCAUCAGCAGUAUUAUCAAUUUUUUUUUAUUUUGAAAAUUUGAUUUGAUAUUCUGAAAUAGCACCUACCUAGUGACUAGCAAUUUUUCUCAUAAUAAAUACACAUUUAUAAUCAUCGAAAUUUGAUCAAAAUUGGCCAAGUUUUAAUAUGUACCUAUAGUCCAUAAUAUAUAUAUAUAUAUUAUAGCUUGCUUAUAUAACCUUUAUAUUAUAAUUUAAGAUAAAAUGUAUUGGUUAGGUUAAAACUACCUGUUAAAAUAUUAAUUAUGGUGACGUGAAUUCAUAAUCAUUUCAUAAUGCAAUAAUUUAUCACAGCUAUCAAUUUUAUACUAAAAUAAUAAAGCGAUUUAACAUUUCUUAAAAUUUAGGUGUGCCAAUUUUUUAUAUUGCACCUUCAAAUAAAAAUAAUUGGUAACUUUCCAAUUGGUUUUUUAGAUUCAAGUUCAAUCAAUGUACUUCAUAUCUAAAUCUCACUAAAAUAUUAUAUAAGUAUUAUACAAGAUACAAAACUAUAACUGCUGUAAAAAAGUUAAGUGCUUUUGAUCUAACACACACCCCUCUUCCUGCCCAUUUUGUUUCUCAAUAUUAGAGAGUAAUUUUGGUAAAAUUUGGUAAUGAGAGGUCAACCCCUUCAAGUGUCUCAAAAUAGUUGACAAAUUAUCAAAGAAGGUAGCUUUAUAAUUUUUUGAAUUGAAUUAUAAACUGUAGUGUUUACAUAAAAAUGUACCAUAUCUUAAAUAUAAAACAUAGAAAUAAUCUAAAAAAUCUCUUCAAAAAGUUUUUCUCUAAUUUAUAAUUAUCUAAGGAAAUCGAUAAACAUUUAUUUAUACUAAUUGAUUUGUUAUAUAUAUAUAUAUAUAUAUAUAUAUACCUAGGCUAUUUUAUCGUUUUUCCAACCACUAGUCAAAUGUACUCAAAUUACUAUAACAAAUCAAUUAGUAUAAAUAAAUGUUUAUCGAUUUCCUUAGAUAAUUAUAAAUUAGAGAAAAAUUUUUUGAAGAGAUUUUUUAGAUUAUUUUUAUGUUUUAUAUUUAAGAUCUGGUACAUUUAUAUAUAUAUAUAUAUAUAUUAGACUAUGGACGAAACAAAGAAUGUAUUAGUUUUACUAUGAUGUGUUUUUUUUCUGUCUGUAAUCAACUUAUUUAGUAACAAUUUUUUUCUAAUCAAAAGUUGCCACGAACCAUUUUUUGUUGCAUUUUGGAUUUAUAUGGUGUAUUAUAAAUGCCAAUUUUUGAUUCUUUCCAGCACUUUUCAUAAUAUAUAAGAAAAACCAAAACCAAUCCGGACACAUUUUUACGGCUCUGCGGCUGUAGUUAAUGACUCCAAUAUUUAAAAUUUUUAGAAAACAGAAAUGUUUGGAAAUUUAAGAUGAGGUCCAUUAUAAGUAAUUUUUACUAGUAAAAAAAAGGUUAUCAUAAUAUAGUAGUUUUAGCGUAAAAAAAGAUUUAAUAGUUUUACCAUGAUGUGUAUUUCUGUUUUUUCUGCUUAUAAACUAAUUUUCUACCAAAAAUCUUUUUUUUUAAAUUAUUUAAAUUUAUUUUCAUUUUUUUGAUAUACAUUCAGCUAAAUUAUUUGAGCAAGUUUUGGGCUUGAAAAUUAAUUUUAGUGAUAAAUUUAAAAAUAUGAUUAACUGGAUCUAAUAGUCAUAACAAAAUAGCUGCCAAAAACUAUUACUCGAAAAUGAAAAAUAUAUACAUAAGUAAAUUUAAACGUUAUAUAUACGCUAUACGGGGUGACCCACGAAAAUAUAUCCAUUUUAAUAUCAUUGAGAUAAUAAAGAUAGUCAAAUCAUAUUUUUUUUAUUUUACUCACAGGGAUGAGAACUACAAAUAUUUAUAUUCAAUUAUUUUUUUGUUUUAAUAUAAACAUAAUAAAAAACUUUUUAUUUUAUUAUUUUUAAAACAAAAUUGAAGGUAGCCAUUUUAUAGAGUUUAUUUUUCUAACAAUAUUGACGUAUAUAUUAACUUAAAUUUGUGAUACAUAAUAAUUUCCAGUUCAGAAAAAAAAUGUUCAAAUUUUUCAAAAAUAAUUAGAUAUAAUGUAACUUUUUAAUAUUUUACCAAAACAUACAAAUUUAAUUAAAAUAUAAAUAUUUUUAGUCCUUAUCCCUGUGAGUAACAUUAAAAAAACAGAAUAUGGAUAUCUUUAUUACCUCAAGAGAUAAUAUUACAAUGGAUAUAUCAUCUUCGUGUGACAUUUGUAUAUAUAUACAUACUAUAUUAAAUUAUAAACAUUUAUAAAAUUAAAUAUGUAUAAUAUUUGACUAUUUUUAUUUACUUUUUAAAAAAAUACAUUUUAUUUUUCGUUAAAAUAUUUGAAACUUGCUUAUAUUAUAAAAAAAGUGAAAAAUAGAACAUAUUAUUAUAACUUAUUAUCUUGUUCUCUUGUCUCCACGCAAACUCGAGUUUAAUACAAAUUCAGAUAAUCAAAUUAUUUUUUGUCUAUAUUAAUUAUAAUAGUACUUUUUAUCUCUAAAAUAAUUUAUUAGGUACACAAAAAUUGAUAAUCGACGACUUAAAUAUUCAUCUUUUGUACUAAUAAUUUUGAAAGAUAUUUUGCUAAAAAUUUACUUAUGCCUCGUAUUUAACAAUUGUCUAAGUCUAAUAUUUAUGUUUAAAAUAGUUAGAAGUGGAGUAUGGAGUACUUAUUCAAUGUAUUCAAUAAACAGGAAUAUAAAUAAUAUACAUAUUAUUAUGAACUGUAUGAAGGGAGUAUCAAAUGAGAAGUUUAUAGUUACCGUAUCUGAGUAUUGAAAAUCAAAUUUAUUUAUUCAUCCAAAUUCUAAAUGUUAUAUAUUAUGUAUAAAUUAAUUAGUAUAAUUCCCAUGUUAUCUAAACGUACAUAAUACUGCAAAAAGUCGUAAUACAGUUUUCAAUUUUAAUUAAACUUAUACAAAUUACUCUUCUGUCGUAUAAUAUAGUUAUGAAAUUAAUUUAAAAAUUUAAAAUAAUUAUUUUUUUAUUUUAAUAAUAUCACCAAAAAAAAAAAAAAAAAUAUAAUAUUUGAAACAUUAUACGGACAGAUAAAUUUUGUUGAUACUAAUUUUUUUUUUUUUUUAUGUGUGAAUAGCGUGUUUAGAAACCGUAUCCAGUACGAAUAUACAAGCCAUAAAAUCGACUUCUCAUCAAUCGUAUUUAUCGUCUGACAGAAAAAGAUUAGAUACCGUUGCUAAUAGUCAAGAACAUCCGAAACUUUCUGGUGUCGGCGCUGCAUUAGAAAUGAAACACUUAUGGGAAGAAUUUAACGAACUUGGUACAGAAAUGAUUGUCACCAAAGCUGGCAGGUAAACUAAAAAAACUCGGUGCAUAUAGUGUGAAUUUAAAUUUUAUGAUGGGAAUUAUUAAACAUUUUGUUUUUCAUAAAAGCUUCGAUUUAUUUUUUUAUAAUUUCCCUCCGGAUACUUAAUAAACAUUUACCUAUAUAUUCAUAUAUACUUGUUCCUACUUGUAUAUUAAGGUUUUAUUUCGAUAUCAUAAUAUAUUAAUUAUAUUAUAAUAAUUAUUAAAUAAUUAGUAUAUAAUCUAAUACAUAUAUAUAAGAUAAUAUUAUAAUGUUAUUAUUACUGAUAAAAUAUUUACGCUCAAGAGGAAACGGGAGAAAAGUUCUUUCCUGGACUACAUCAUAAUAAAUAUUAUAUAUUAAAAAGACGGACAUACUUCUCACGAUGGGUGGCUACUGUUGUAUGUGAGAAGUUGGGAAGGUAGAGGGGAAAUUAAAUUAAAUGUAUAUCUGUACGCAAAGAUUAACCAUUGAUAAUGAAAAACGAUUUUGACUGGAGUUCGGUUAAUAGUGUGAUGAAAUAGAUACUUUUUGACAUGUAUAUUUUCCAAGUAUUUUAUUUUGUUAUUGGGGUUGACGAUCAAAGCAAUGGUUAAAUCUUGUAAUAAUUGUAAUAUUGUUUUAUAAUAUUCAACUAUAUAAACUAAUGAGUUCAUUACCUCUUACAGAAGAAUGUUUCCUACAUUCCAAGUUCGAUUGUAUGGUUUAGAUCCAGUAGCCGAAUAUAUGCUUAUGAUGGAUUUUGUUCCCGUAGAUGAUAAAAGAUAUAGAUACGCAUUUCAUAGGUAAAUAUACAGUUAUUUUAAAUAUUUAACUUUUAAAAAUUAUAAUAAUUAAUUCAAAAUAUUAAUAGAUACCUAAAUAUAUGUGCCAUAUAUGUGUAUUUUCAAUAUAUCUAUACAUAAUGACUUGCCAAUUCAAAACUAAUGAAAACAAUUUUUGUAUUUAUAUAUAAAUUACAUUUUUAGUUAACUAAUAAGAUUUUUAGCCAAUAAUUUAUGUGUGUUAUAGAAAUAUAUUUUGUAUAUUUUAGUUCGAGUUGGGUGGUCGCCGGUAAAUCGGAUCCUAUUUCACCCCCAAGAGUACAUAUCCAUCCAGAUUCACCGGCGUCUGGAGGACAGUGGUUAAAACAAGUUGUGUCAUUCGAUAAACUUAAGUUGACCAAUAACCAGAUGGACGAUAAUGGGCAUGUAUGUAUGAAAAUUAAAUUUAGUUAUAAUCAUUGAAAACGUUUAACUACCAUGAGAUUAUUUUUGUCUAUGGAGCAUAAUAAUUGCCUACACUUCACGCCGUUUUUAAAUACAUUUUUUUUCAUUGGAAUAGUAUAAAAAUGUAUUUAAAUAAAUUGAUUUUCUCUUAUUUGUCAGAUAAUCCUCAAUUCAAUGCAUCGAUAUCAACCCAGAUUUCAUGUACUCUACAUUCCCGGAAGAGAAGAAGGUCCUUCACAUUCCACAAACAAUUUUAAAACGUUUAUGUUUCCAGAGACUAAAUUCACGGCUGUCACUGCUUACCAAAACCAUAGAGUAAGAUUCGAUGAUAAAUUAACAUAAACUACAUAAAAUUCUAUGAACUGUGAACAAUCAGUUGAUAUAAUUUUCGUAUAGAAAUAUAGCACUUAAUGUAAUAAACUAACUAAUAAAUGUUUAAACUAUUUCAACUAAUACAAUUUGUGAGUAAAAAAUUGACUAAUAUAAACUUCAUAUAAGUAUAUUUUAUAUCAAUGUAGUAUUUAUUCAUAUCUGAUGUCACAAUAGGUAUAUAUAAGGGUAGGUAUAAUCAUAGAUCUUAUACUGAUAGGCGAGCUUUUCGUAUAUUGCAUACAUUAUGAGCUGCGGUCAAACAUAUUAAUAUAGUGAAGCAGCAAAAUUUGACGUUAGGUACACAAUUAUUAUUGUACAAAAUAAUAUUGUAAUAGAAUCAGGAAAUAAUUAAAUUGCAUAGUAUCAACAAUUUUUUGAUAUCUGCAAUGUAAUUUAUAGAUUUGUACUUUAAACUUGUUACGAUAUUUUUUUCUUUUUAAUUUAUCCACAUUUUUGACAUUAUCUAUAUUAACAUACUUGUUUACUUCAAAUAUGUUAAUUAGUUCUGUUUACUAAAACAAACAACAUAAAUUGUAAUUCAUUUAUAUUAUUCCAAAUAAUUUAAGGUAAGGUUUAUAAAUAAUAAAAAUUACAUUAACUGAUCAUUUAUAAGGUGUAUGAUAAUUUAUUAGACAUUGGAUAUUUUAUGAAAUGAUAAGAACACCGGUAAUUUUAUUAUUGUAUAUGAGUCACUCAAUUACUAAAAAGCGCUCUCUAUGUUUAAUUGCGGCAUAAACAUGCUUAGUUCGUCUAUAAGUGUAAGGUGUAUGACUACAACCGUCAACUCAUAUAUACAGGAACAUAUUAUUCAACAUUUUUCAUAGGGAAAGUAAGCAUCAAUCUAUUAUAUUUGGUUUUUAAUGUUUUUUAUUUUUUUUAUUUAAUGUGAAUAUGCACAAUUUUUAUUCAUACACACAAGUGCAUUUUACUAUGUAUUAUUAUGUUUUAUUAUUACUCUAGUUUAAAAAAUCAUUAACAUUUGAAAAAAAACUUCAAUUUAGAGUGCAUAUAAUUAUUAUAUCGAGCCGUCAUUAACUGAGAUUAGCCGAGAUUUACUGAAGCCUAGGGCUGAAGUCUUGAGAGCUGAAACGGGGAAAUAUGCAAAUUAAUUUCUGUUUUUUUUUUUAUAUAUAUAAAUAUAUAUUAUAACUUAUUACGAUUAGGUGUAUUUAUAUGUAGAAUGUAUUUAAUAUAAAUGAAAAUCGUGUAUAACUAAUUUGUAUAUUAUUCAAUAAAUAACAAUAUAUUUAUAAAAUUGUAUUGUAAUUUAUAAGAAAAAUAUGUUUUUUUUUCUAGAUUACACAAUUAAAAAUUGCCAGUAAUCCAUUUGCAAAAGGUUUUAGAGACUGCGAAACAGAAGAAUGGUAAUAUAUACGCUUUUAUAGAUACUACCUAGUUUUAUUUAUACAUCAUUUUCAAUAAAUAAAUUAAACGGAACAUUAUACGUACCUAAAAUAAUUUUUAAUACACGCUUGAUAUAUUUAUUAGACCUGCAGAGAAGUCACAAGGGAUUAUAAAUCUUGAAGUACACAUAUUUGUUUUUUCAUUCUUUAUUUCACCCUCUUGGAAUCAGUGGUGCCCAAAUUAUAUUUGUAUGAUGAAGCAGAAUUUGAAAUUCAAAAUCACCGCCCGCCUCUUUAUACGUUACCCAUAUAAAUAUAUACUUUCCAGUCCUUACAACCUACUACCUUAAAUAUUUAUACACAUUCUACCCGACUAUUCCAAAUCCCAGUUACUGGGAACAUUCACUCACCAAAAAUAUGAUAUGUAGUAACCACUACACUCGAAGUAUAGUUUGGGUGCCACUACUUGGAAUGAGCCCAAGCGUUACUAAUUGACACCGGUAUACUAUACCGAUCUUAAAUAUACAUAUUAUUAUUAUUAUAUAUGCACUAGUAAAUUAGAAAUACAUUUACCGAAAAAAAAGGUGUAUAUUUAUAUAUUACAUAAUACACAAGUCAAUUAAAAAACCCGUGUUGCUGGCAAUCAUUGUUGGUAUGCUCAUGUAAAUUGGCACAUAAAUUACAAUAAAUGUCGGUUUAUAUGAUUUUUGGAAAGAAAAUUUCGUUCUUUUUUUAUACUUGACACGUUGCUUUAAAUAUGUGAAACAUGUGUGUGGGUUAGUGUAUUUGUGUUUGAUUGUAUUUUUUUCUGAAGGGAAGUUAAAAUAUGUUUUUUUGUUUUAUCUUACAGUGGCUCAAUGUCUAUUGACAGUGAACCACAAGCCGCCAAUAAUAAAUCGCAAUGCAAAAAAAGUGUCACGGCUGGAAUCCAUAACAACAAUAAUAAUUGUGUACAGUUCCCAAAUAAAGAAUCAACAGGAAGUAUGGGUAAGUUUUUUUUUUACAUUUUAUAAGAACAUACAAUAUUUAUUUAGAUUAAUGUUGUAUAAGCAAAAAAAUUAAAUAAUAUUUAUUAUGGCAUAUUUAAUAGGUUCCAUGUGUAUAUUUUUAUUACAAGUGACAAAAUAUUACUCGAUCUUUAAACUUAUCUAGAUACAUAACCAAAUAUAAACACGAUAUGAAAGUUACUUAUACAUUAUAUUCAAUUUGUAUAUACUUUUAUGACACUUAUAUAAAUCCAUUAAUUUUUAAAGUCUAAAACAGUAUCUAGCAAUUUUCAGUAUAACUUAUUCAUAUAAUUCUAAACAAAUAAUUACUAUAAAAUGAAAUCUGAAAUUGACAGAGUGAUAAGUUUAUUUUUUUAAAUAUAAAUAUUUCUUGAAGUUUUUUUUUUAUUUCAGUUAGAUAAUCACCGAAUUUUGAUUUUCAAGUAAUAAAUAGUUAUCAUUUAUAAUAAAAAUAUUACGUAAUAUAAACAUAUUAAGUAUAUAUUAUUGUAUGCAAUUAUAAAUUAUAUCACCUCUUGGCUAGAGGUGAUAUAAUUUAUAGAAGAGCCUUCUCUGGUAUGUGUGUUGUGUAUGUAGUAUUUUUUGUUUUAAUAUUCCGAGCAAUGAUUACUUUAUUUUUUCUAAAUUAAAUUUUAUUUUAUUAAUAGAUUUAUGAAAUUUGUUUUCUACGAAAAAAUAGACAAUCUAUUUUCCGUUUUUCGUAAAUAUAACGAUAUUUUCUGUAAAGCAUUUAAUUCAAUGGCAUUUUAAAUCUUGAACAAAAAGAUUUUUUAAUAUUGUAAGAAAAUUAAAAUAUUAGUGAUAUUAUAAUUAUAAGAUACGAGUACAACGUUAUACGGUGUACCUAUUCAACUUCUUUUCAAAAUACUUUUAAUCGUUCCAUGCUCAACGGUUUUGUAUUUUGAUGGGUUUUGCAGUUUUUUACUUCUAGUUACUAUUUAAAUCUUGUCCGUCGCUUAAAAACAUAAAAAAUUAAAAUUAUAAAUGAAGAAAAAACCUAAACCUACGUAGGUAUGCAAACAGUGUCGUAGUACACAAAAUUACGCUGCUUGCAGCACCCGAAACUGUCAUUAAUUAUCAGAGUUGUCCAUGGAGUCAUUCAUCAUAUUUUCGGGAAACGUUAAAUAGGCACUCCACCGCUGACGUUCCGUCACAUUAGCGGUCUCUCGUCCAUUUCUAAACGACAAUUAAAAAAAUUAAAAACUAUCUCAUGCCGAUAUAAGUACACUUACACCGGAAUAAUUUAAAAAAUAAACGAAUAUUUUGAAAAGUUCAUGAUAAUAUAAUAAAAACCUAUAUAUUAUAGAAACAAGUCUAACUACAUAAAAUAAAUAUUUUAUAUAGUUAGACUUGUUUCUAAUACAAUAUCAUAACUUAAGUAAUAACUCAAGUUAAUAUUUAGGUUAACGUAGUAGAAUAAUUAUUAUUGAUUUUGAAACCAUUACCAAAUUUAUUUAAAUUUCUUUAAAUAUUUUAAACACAAUUUAUAUGAAUUGUUGUUUAUUAUUAUUUUUAAAAAGAAAUCUGUCAUGUUUUUUUUCUACUUUUAAACAAUACUAAGGUUAGGUUAGCUACCUAUAAUAUAUUUAAAUUAAAUUUUAGUGUUGUAUAAUGUAUUAAUAUUAUAUUUUUUUUAUUAAAACAAUAAAACCCUCGGCAUCUAUGUUUAUCAUUAGUAUAACAGUAUUAUUUUAUUAAAAAUGUAAAUGUUGAUGAUACUUAUACUAAAUAAGCAUAUUAUAUAACGAACAGAAAGUAGAAUAAAAUAUAACAUUACAAACUUAAUGUACAACAGCGUUAAAUUAAAAGUAUUUUUAAAUACCCAACUUUGAUCGAAAAACAAAUAAUACAAAAUUUAAAAGGUACUAGUGUUUUAAUUUGAAGCAAUACAAAUUUAAAGUUGGAACAUUUUUGAUUGUUUAAUAAAUAUGCAUUUAUUUUUCUAAUUUUUAAUACGUAUUGUCACAUUAUUUUACUUUGUCUCGUAACUACCAAUGGCAGGUGCCAAGAUAAAAUUAUACACGACAAAUAAAUUUAAAUUUCAAAACAGUAACGGGUAUUCCAAUUAAUUUAUUACUAUGCCACCCAAACGUUUAUCUGAACAAAAUAAACGUAAUAUCAUAUACAUAACGUAUAUAAAUAUAAAUAUCUUUGUAAACUGAGUAGCGACGUCUAUGUCAAAAUAUGUGUGACGUCCUGUACCGUUUCCGACAGCAGACCUCACCACAUCCCUCUGUUCAUUUUUUUCAGCCUAAAUUUAUGCCAAUAAAAUGUAUAUCUACCAGUUAAAAAUAACGUUUUUUUACUCCUUGAUUUGAAAAAAGCCUAUCAAUCGCAUUGCUUAAUCCUACACCACUUUGGACCUUGGCUAUAAAAGUAAUUUGUAUUUAAACCAACUCACUGUCAAAAGUCUUAAAAAGUUAUUUGUCUAAUUAACAGAACAUAUACGUAACAAAAAAAAAAAAAAAUCGUUCAUAAUACAAAAUAUAAAAAACAUUUGUCUAAAACUAAUAAAUUUUACAGUUAUAUUGCAAUUUUUCUAUGUUGACAAUAAUCCAUCAUAAUAAAUGAAAGAAUAAAAACAUUAAUAUAUACAAUAACUAUAAGUAAUAAAUUUAGUACAUAAAUAUACUUUAAAUUAUAGAUCAAUUUUGUUUAAAAAAAAAAAUAAAAUAUGUAGUACGUGUUUAUUCAUAUAAUGAUAUUUUAUUACGCAAUCAGUUGUAAUACGAAUUACAAAUCUUUCUGCAUGGACAAUAAUGUUAUUAUGCUUCAUAGUCUAUAAUAAAUUUGUGCAGUUUUAUAUUUAUUUAUGUAUAAUACCUAGUAUAUGUUAUUAAUCAAAUACUAAAAUUCAAUUACAUUUUGGGUACAGUCCUUUUUUUCAUCAUCUAAUAUAAAUAAGUUAUAUGCAUACACCAGUUUGUCUUAAUUUUACAUUCGUUCAAACGAAUGAGUAUAUAGUCCCUAUUAUAAUGAUAAAUGUGUAUCAUACCGCCUCACAAAUCUUCGAGGUCACGUAGACGCAAAUCCUACUGGAUCAACUAACGUUUAAAAAAAAAAAAAAAAAAAAAGACUACCCAUAAAACAUCUAGACAUUUUAAUUAAUAGUCGUUAACCUAAAAAUAAAAUUGAAUUUUUAAUAAAAUAAUUUAACAUAUAGGUAGGUAUAAAAUAAGAAUUAUAGUAUACAAUAUGCAUAAUUUUUUCCCUUAAUACGGUGCAAGUAUAUAAAUAUUAAUCUAUUAUAUUAUUUCAUAUUCUAAGUGGUGCAUAUUUUCCGUAUAUCUUAACAAUAUUUUAAUUUACAAAAUAGCAUUUGUCUAAUAAAGAAACUAGAAUUGAAUAACUGUAUCUUAAAUGAAAAAAUAGCAAACAAAAGUAACCCAUAAUAAAACCCGUGUUAUAAUUUUUAAUAAAACUACGAUUAUACUUUAAUUAUAUGUUUAUUGUAUUUUUCUGGUAACUUUAACGUUAAAAUUCUUUAACUAUUGAUUAUAUAGCUAAGUUUAAUUAUGUGAUCAAUAGAAACCGGUAAAAUUAUGUGUCUGUUUUUUCUAGAAAAUGAGUAAUACAGCUAUAUAUAUAUAUUCUCACCAAUCCCUCAGAAUUGGUAAAAUUUGUUGUUUCUAUAACACAAAUAUUAAUAAAUAUUUAAGUGGACAGGGGUGGGAAUGUAUAUACUCAGUGGCAUUGUGAGACUUGAGUUAAUAGUGUUUAAAAAAGAUCCAAUUUGUUUUUAAUCUGCGGACAGGUUUGUCGCGGGAACGGUGAACUCGUAAUAGGUACAUAGUAAACAUUUUUUCGACCAACUUAUUAUGUAACUUGGAUAACAACCUAUUUUUUCCCAUGAGAUUAAAGCGGUUUCAAGAGGUAUUUCUAACCGUGGGUACCGAUUUUAAAUCGCUAAAUAGUAAACACAUCAACAGAAUGCGCUACCCUUGUAUAUAUUUUUUAACCGUUACCUAUAUAGUGAAGACUAAAGUGGAUAAAAAUAUGUAUUAUUGAAAAUAAUAUCCAGAUAAAAACUGAUUUCAACAUAGUUGUAUGAUGUGGAUUAAUAAUGAAACAUAAAAUUAAAAAAACUAAAUAAUUUUAUAAUAGUGCUACAAGUUAGGGUGGCAGCAAGGGUCUAUACUAAACGCAAUUCAGGUCGAAAUAAAAAAAAAACCGAAAUUAUUACGAAAAUCUACAUAAACUCUCACUAUCACACACACUCAAACGCACGCAUACAUACACAAAUUAUGUGUAAAUUAGUUUCUAAAUGAAAUAUGCAUUCUUGUACUUCUUAAGUUAUAAUUAAAUAGUUUAUUUAAUGAACAAAUAUUAAAUACAUAAAUUGUAAUUUCUUGAUCUGCCUAGCUUAAUUAUUUUUUUAUUCUUUAUAAUACAAAAAUAUAAAUUUAAACAAAAAAAUACUGCCUAUACAAAUAUGACAAAUAUUUGUCAUUUUUUUGUUCAAUGAAACUCUAACAAAAAAAAAAACAAAAAAGAAUUACUAAGCCAGUGUUAAAAUUCUAAUCUUCACUGAAGAGCGUUUUUAAUCACAUUAUCAUCCGUCCCACAAAUCACCUUUUUAUGUUACGUAUACUUACUACACAUAUAUAUCGUAAAUAGUGCAAAUAAUAACAAGUAAUAACUUUAAUAAGAUGAUAUUUUAUGUGAUUGACAGGAGCGGAGAACAUGUACAACAGUGACAGCUCAUCCUCGUCGUCACCGCCUCACUUACAGACUACGAUAGCGCAUGGACAGCAGCAGCAUCAAGCGCCUCCGAGUUCAGCGACUGCAACGACCGUACCUGUCACACCUUAUCUUAGCCAGGUGUGUAACUACGGACCGAUAUUCGCGUCAUCUGCAUACGCACAUCAUCACAACUAUUCGCCAUUUCACGGAUACGACAGGUAAAUAUAAAAAAAUUAUUCAUAAUGUAUUUCUAAUAUGUAUACCCAAUGCCUAAAGUAUUAAUGGAAUUUUGAUCAUCACACUCUAUAUGUCCUAAAUUAUAUGAUGGGAUCUGGUUUUACUAUCAUCUCUUCAACAUUGCAAACUCUCUUUUUUUCUUUUUUUGUAAAAAAAAUAGCAGGUAUACAUAAAUAUCGAUAAAUGGCUGUGUAAUAUAUUGCAUAAAUUAUAUAUUAUUCAAUUUUGUCGUAACAACCAUAAUUUUAAUAUGCGUCAAUAAUUUACAUAAUACUAUUGUAUACGUGUAUGAUGGUUAGAUAUAUCACAGAAUAUUAUUGUAUUAUAAUAUGUCGACUGAAUUUUUUUUUUUUAUUAAAAAUGUAUUUUCAUGUAAAUGGUUAAUUAAUUCGAUUGAAUUGUUAAUGGGUAGGGAGGACAAAACCGUCGUCCGCGGACCUGCGAUAAUGUAUUCGCGUUGCGUCAAGAUAUAAUCACAAAUUAUAUGCAUGUAUGAUAUUUUGAUUUAAUCUAUAAUACAAUCGUUAAUAGGUCGUUAUUUUAAUCAAAGCUAGAUAAGUUGAAGUUAAUUUUAAAAUAUAAAUAAUUUUAAAUUAUUUAGUUCAGUUAUACAUUUCAGCAAAAUGAUAACUUUAGUUAAGUUGAAAGUUACUUUUUUAUAAUUACCCUUCACUAAACACUCAUAUACAUAUUUUGUACACCAAUGUUUAUACUUUAUCAGUAAUCGUGUGAAUAUCCUUGCAUAGGUCGUAUACCCGUCUAGUUAUGUGAUAAUAAUAUUUUCGUCGAAAAAUAAAUGUAAAAGAGAAGGUACUAAAUUUUUUUUUAAAAAAACUGCGUAAUAAGCUAUUUAAAUAUAAACAAAAUGUUAACUAAGUUACUAAGUUAGGUUAAAAUUAGUUAUUAUAAGAAAUUACUAAGUUAUUUUCUAACAUUCUGUUUUGUUUGACUAGUCAAGUUAAAAAUUUAAAAAAAAAGUAUCUUAUAUCUUUUAACUAUAAUUACUGUCCAACUUUGAUUUUAAUAGGCGUUUGUUAAAAUAAUACAGUACAUUUAGACGUUUUAUAUAGUGAUAAUAAUAAGCAUUCAAAUUAACAAUCUUGGUUGAUUUAGAUGGGGGAGUACCUAAUAGAUAUAGCGUCAUCGAAAUUACUUGCAAGUAUAUAGAUGCGGUGAAGAAGAGCUUAACGGUGGCGCCCGCCGAUUGUCUAAAUAUAAUAAACGUAUAUACACUGCAUUAUUAUUGUUGCUGUCGGGCUAACAUAUGAACUGUAAAUACACAUCACGAGUCAAAUGUACCGGGUGAAACAAUUAAUUGCCUCAACUAGUACAUACAUAGUUGGAGCAGCAGUAAUAUAUUUAUAUAGGACUACGUAAAAUUUAUAUUUAUGUAUUUAACUAUUUAGGCUUUUCAUGUUUUUUAACAUUUAAAAAAAAAUAUAUUCAUUAAAUAUUGAGAUUAUCAUUCAUAAAUAAGAAAUAUUGUUUUAUAUAAUAGUUAUAAACAUGUACGUAUAAAUAACGAAUAGAUUAUAAUUAAAUUGCAUAUUUAAUGUGUUUAAUGUGCAUAUAAAUUAAUAAUUAGCCGAGUAUAAAACUAGUAAUUACAAAUUCAUUAGAUCGUAAUUAAUUAACUAGGUAAUCAAUUAAUAAUAGGUACCAGUUAAAAUGGUUUUUAUACGUAAAUGUAUAUAGCUCUGCAUAGUAUCUACGCAUACAGAUGUAUUUAAUUCAAAUCAAUAAUAAUUUUUUUAGAAAAUAUAUUUAUAUACCUACCUACUUUUAACAAAUAUUAUUUUCAAUUUCUGUACUUAGAUUACACCAGAAGAAUUCUAACACAGACGUAGCAACCGGAUACCACAUGUCUUACCAGCAUCAUUACCAUCACAGACCUUCCACGUUUCACGGGACUCAAAAAACAUCUAAUACAUUCUUACAAAACGAUUACUCGCCCAGGUAGACCACGCGUUAUUAUUACAAAAUAUAGUAUCCUAACUAAUAAUUUAUCCUAAAUUGUAUAUAAUAUACUUAUGUAAUUAUUAUAUUUUGAUUGUACAUAAAUUAAAUUAAUAAAUAUAUUUAUAAUACAUUCAGAAAAUCACACUAUAUAAAUAAAUAAUAAUAUUAGUUAAUUUAUAAAUAUUCGUUUUACGGGAUUGCAUACUUUUGUAAUUAGUUUUAG